AUGCAAAUGCCCACAGAGUCUCAGUCAGAGCGCACAACAGGACGUGUGGAACCAGGUGCCUUGGCUGUCAAUCCUUCCUCCUCCUCCUCCAAGUCUUUAUCGCACUCCAUCCUCACGGAUGUCAGUGCCAGCACCAGUCAAAUCAGUCUCAUGUCCAACAGCAGCAGCAGCGGUGGCAGGAGAACGCAAAGAGCGUCUUCUUCCAUCCCUCAAGAACUCAUGCCAUCAUCAUCACCAUCACCAUCAUCCUCACAAGUGACUAGCACCGGUAACCAGGAAGAGCAAACAAUGUCUAGCAGCAUGGCGGAACCACCCCAGGUGGGAGCCUAUGCCAUGAGAAACUCGGCCGUACCGGUAGUACACAAGCUACAGACCAUACCAGCUGGGUCUCAGGCGGCACUCUCACGGCAGGCACACAAGGCACCUCGUCCAUCCCUUGUGUACAAUACUUCGGAUGCCAGCAGCAGCAACAGCAACAGCAGAAGUACCGGUACCGGUACUCUCAAACGGCACAGCAGCAAAAACAGAAACAGCGCUUCAUCUGUAUCACUCCAUCAUCAGGCCAGGCUAGACCAAGAAGCCAAAUGGGGAGACCGACUGUCACGUCAAUCCUUAUUGCCAGGAAUCAUCGGGACGGUAACCAAUGAAGUCGAUGUAGACGAUCUCAUACUACAUGUACAGCAAGAAACGGACAAAAAGAGAAAUCUUUCUAGAAAGGGAGCCUGGUCGUCUCGUCCAAGGAUCAUUCCUUCAGACAACGGUCAUGGUACCGGUACCGGUACAGCUGAUACAGAUCAUCAAGACCGGACACUCCAGAGGGGACAAGGCGCAUAUGCUGACGAGGUAGAACGCGGACUGUCCGCAACAAACAUGGUGUCAGCUCACUUGGUGGUGGAGGAAGACCCAGAAGCUUCUCACAUUACUGUAGAGGAACGAAAUGAAAUAGUUGAACAAGCGCAAAGGGAGGCGGAAGAAGCCGUCCAUGAAAAAAUGAUGCGCGACAUGGUUCUGGCCGAAGCUGUGGUCGAAGAGGACGAUGGAGUUGCCAACAAGCGCAGACGUCGUCACCUUUGUUGCGGAGCCGUCUUGCUCAUCAUGAUCUUUUUGGGAGGCGCAUUGGCGGGGUCGCAGCCAUGGAACCGUUCAGACCACGACAGUCACGACAUGGGAUACAUUCCCCCUCCAGCCAAUAACCUCUGCACCGAUGCCAUUGCCAUGAAAGAGGGAACCGACAGCCAGUUCCAGAAAGGAACUACGCUGGGGGCUACCGACAGCAAGUUUCCAUCGUGUAACUCCCGUGACGGAGAUGAGUUCACGUGGGGAAUGGGGUCUGUCUGGUACAGUAUUGUUGGCACUGGUCAAGCACUGAGAGUCUCUUCGGAUGCUCAUACCAUGGUCGACGAGAAUAAUCAGACUGUUGUUUGGAGCACAGAGAUAUCCGUGUUUGCAGGGGAGUGUGGAAUGCUCUCUUGUGUUGGUACCGGUACCACGGAGGCAGAGUCCUCUUCUAUGCAGAACAUUGGUGACGGCAACGAUGAAGACACUAACGUCAGCUUCACAUGGUACGCAGAAACGGGAGUUCAGUACUUUGUCUGCGUGCAUGGAGAUGCACCCGAGGAAAUGUUCACAGGGUUUUCGGAAGAAGUAACGCAAGAUAUGAUGGCUGCUGGUGGAAUCGCUACGCUGAUCGAAGAAGUCAAUGGAAACAACAAUUCAACGUCGCCGGGUGUUGCCACGGCAGGAAAUUUCUCCCUCGCAGUUGAUGUGGCUGUUGGCAAUGACUUUUGUCCCGGAGCCGUUGACUUGGCCCUUGGUCCGGGGGAUGCUACAGUCAUCCAAGGAUCUACCAAAGAAACAACGUUGGAUGCUGACUUUGAGUUCUGUGCCGGCACCGAAUCUACAGCUGGAGGAGUCUGGUACCGUGUCAUUGGUACAGGAAAUCCCCUGGAGGUGAGGGUCGAUCCAGAGAAAGGAUUCAAUACGCAAGUUACAGUGUUUGAGCAAUCUGGUAAAGAUACGAUGAGUUGCAAUUUGUUGGACUGCAUUGAUGGUGACAGUGAGGCCUUUCAACAUUCCAGUCAUGUAACCUGGCCCAGCAAAUCAGGAAGUGCCUAUUACAUUCUCGUCCACGGCGUCUCUGGUGCGGGCGACUUUGAAUUGACUCUCACUCAGACCGUGAGCAAUGACGUGUGUGAAGGUGCUGUUUCAUUGGAAUCAACGAACAGCACCACCAGCAACCGCGUUGAAGGAACAACGGAAGGAGCUUCCCUGGUUGCUCCUCUAGCGGUGUGUGGUCAUGCUGUGCAUACGGGCGCUGGUGUUUGGCACAGAGUGGAAGGAACGGGGGAGUUGAUGCAAGUGUCGACUUGUGAUAUGAGCAUGGAAGAUGCAACGAGAGUCCUGGACAACACAGUCGUCUCUGUGUUUCGAGGUGAAGACUGUGCCAACCUGGAGUGUAUUGACGGCGACGAUUCAUCAUGCGGCACGCACGGUGCUGUAACAUGGGAAUCUGAAGUCGGUCAAAUGUACCACAUCCUGGUCAGUGGCAAAUUUGAAGAUGUUGGUGCUUUCCAACUGUCAUGGGGAACAGCUUAUUAA